CGUGUUAUUAUCAUGAUCUGUGUAUGUAACAUUCAGCAUUGCAUAAAGAAUAUCUCUCAAACGAGAUUUACAGUUUACGACCAUAGAGGUGUUGUGUUAUCAUUGCACCUCUGCAUAUAAAUCCCAAACAGAGUUAGCAGUAAAACAUAGAAGAAUUUUCUCCCUCAGGUCUACUACCAGUAUAAAUUCAUGGAUCCCGCUUGAUCAGAUAUUCGCAUUUAUUUUUAAUUUCGUUUAUCACGGUUAUAAUUUCCCCAUGGUGUAAAAAUUUAUUUCUAAUUCUUUACUGCUAAUAAAUUAUAAUGAUAAUUCGAUUUGGAAAAACAAUCAAAGAAUUUAUUGCACUUCAAAACGAACGCCACGCCCCCUCUUCGAGAUAAUAUAUAAUUGCCAACUAUACAGUGACAGCCGAUACGUACACUUAAACGCCACAUUCUUUAUGCGAUAAAUAAGUUCAUUAUAAAUAAUGGCGACAGGUCCGAAUAUCAAACUAACUGACGGUGAAGCUACGCCGGCACAAGUUGACGGUUCUUCUGAUGUAUUCACCUGUCCAAACUUUAUAUUGCUUAAAGCACGGUGGGUAAGCGACGAUGAAGUUAGUAUAUGUGUGCUAUGUGGAAGUAAAUUUAAUCAGAUACGACGUAAGCAUCACUGUCGACACUGUGGUAGAGUUUUGUGUAAUAAAUGCUGUAAAGACAAGAUAGCGCUCCCUCAACUAGGCAUAGAUGAAAAGGAAAGAGUGUGCGAUUGGUGUAAGCCAAUUGCCGAACUUGUAUCCAUGUCUAGAUCAAGCUCAUCGGCAUUAAAAUUGGAGGCAGCUAAAGUUCUUUCGGGGUUCUGCAAGAUUGAGAAAUAUUUAAAUCAAAUUGUACAGUUAGGUGGUAUCCAAACUCUGGUAUCUUUAUCACUUGAUGAAUCCAAACAAACUAUGUGGCAUGUUAUGGAGGGAUUGCAGAUAUUAUCUACCUACCCUCCUCUGCAUCGGUUGCUAGUUGAAGUUGGGGCAAUAAAAGCAAUAUGCAGCAUUAUAUCGAGAACAAACGAUCCCGAUUCACCUGUUCUGUCGAGUGCAAUCACAACCUUGAUGGUAUUCUGUAAGUCACCAGAAUUGAGAACAAAGGCUUUAGAUGACGGUGUACUUGAUGUUAUUUUGAAACUCUGUUCUUCGCAGAAGUCAGAAAUCAAUCUGUUAGCUGUCAGUACUCUAAAUUUGAUUGUAACACAAACAGAUACACAUACAGCUAUUGUUGACAGUCAAAAGCACGCCUUACCAAAAAUAUUAUAUCUAACAGUUUCAGAAGAUGAAUUAAUGCAGGAAGUAGCUUUAAAAAUAUUAGGUCAUCUGUCGUGUGGAACAGCUUGGCAUAAACAUCGUAUUGUACAGGAAGAUUUUUCAGCUGGAAGAUGUUUACAGAUUGUUUUAAACAGCCGACCAAAUAACGUGCAGAUUUUAUGCAAUGCAGCAUGCGUUGUAGCUAAUCUGGCAACGAGUUCCGAUGAUCAGGAUGGGUUGCAAGAAUUAAUGAUAUCCGUUUGCCAUCUACUUCAAUCAGACGUCUGCACACCAGAAUCAGAUCUUCUGUGUCAUAUUUCAAGAGGGAUUGCAAACUUUGCAAGAUUUGCUGAAAAUGGUUCCAGAUUAUUAGGCACCAUUGAAUACAUCAUGGAAAAAUGCAUUAAAUCACAGAGGGCCUGUAUCAGACAGACUGGCAUGAGAGUCAUCUUGCAGUUGUUGACCUAUAACCCUUCAGACGCUGUCAUUAAUAUGAUCAGAGAACCACAAUAUUUUCUGAGAAGUAUUAUUCAGGAACCAGAGCUGUUGACAUCUCUUCUGAACAGUUUACAGCAAAUAAUUCCCGAUAUUGUACAGCCAAAAUAACAAUUCUCAGUUAGGCUUAUAUUCGUUUUAACUAAGAAAUGUAUAAGAAUUACAAAUUGAUCUGUCCAUUAUGCCCCCGGCAGACCGGGGUGGCGUCCUUACUGCACUGCUGCGACCGUAUGGCGACCAGAAAAAUGCACAAGGUAGCCGGCAAACGUGAACACAACGCGAGAAAAUGUUCCAAAAAAUUACAAUCGCAUAACCUUUGCGUUUGCUUUGAACAUACUCAAAACAAACGUCGUGACUCGGCGAUCAUUCGCGACCAUGGAGACCCUAGCCCGAUAUCUGGCGUUUACACAACGCAUAUGGCGAUAUUGACGCGCUCUGAGACCAUUUUCCGUCGCCGUAGCAGCGCAGUAAGGACGCCACCCAGGUCUGACGGGGGUAUAUUAGUGUAAACGACCCUACUAAUCGCUGACAAGAACCAUCAAGAGCGGGGACGGGGGCAACGUAUUGCAAACACUGGUAGAAAAGUAAAGAUAUUUUAUAGAUAUGCAUAUUUUACGCACUAUAUCCAAAAUUUAAAUGAUUUCAUAAAAAAGUUAUGGAUAACUGAAAUUUUGACAAAGCACCGUAAUACCGAUUGAUUCCAUGACCGCGUACAUUUCAUAGUACAUGCAGUUUUAAUUUGUAAUAACUCCAAUAAUAUUUAUCCAAACGGUAGGUGUUCUAAUAUUUUACUUUUCUGCAUUGAGACCUUAAUGUGUUCAUGCUGCAGAAAAAUCAACGAUACAUUUACGAUAUAGAUAUCAUUAAUAUAUUUAUUUACUGGGUGUAUAUAGUAAUUAAAAUGAGAUUAACGACGUAACGCUAGUCAUAUAGGUUUACAUAACCUCUCUAUAGUUUAAUAUGCAUUGCUAUUGCUUCAUCUGACUCAGUGGUAUGUACAAAUUUAAAACGCUAUGAUUCUAACUGAAUGUAUGACAUUUAAGGUGAAUAUAUAAGGCGGGAAAUGAAGGGACUGCACAUUCAACUAACACAUUUUUGUCACAAUAGUGCAUCAAAGAAACGUUCGAUAUUUAAAUUUAUUAAAGGAUAAUUUUAUG